AUGCAGGGUAUGCCUGCAAUAAGAAUGGGGUACCGAAGAAUAUGCGCAGGAUGGCGUGCCUGCAUGGGAAUAGCGGCGAGACUUGGAUGCGAUGUCUAUCCUCCGCGGCCUGGCGCGAGUGCGCCCUUGCUCUGCAACACCACGAACUUUGACCCUCGCCCGCCCACCCACGCUCUGCAACCUCAACCAGGUCUUUGCCUCAAGCAACCACCCUCCUCCAGACCACCACCACCACCACCGACCCCAUCUCACCACCCGAAUCAAGUCACUCACCACUGUCAAGAGCAUACGAUGAAGGCUACGUCGUCCAAGACCACCCGCCUCGCCCGUGACAUGAAGAGCUUUUUUAUGCACCUGUCUGGCGCAUACUCCGUCGCAUCAUACGUAUAUCCGUGGCUGGCCCGGGAACGCAGCGACACCCCCGACUACACUACCGUCCCCGACCCGGCUCCCGCCCCUCUCAGCGAGGCGUCUCGCGUCGACGAGGAGAUCGCUGAACUCAAGCGCAACCACAACUUCAAUGAUGCAGCGUACUUCAGGCGCCUCUCCGAGCUCCGCGAAGAACAGCUCCGCAUCGCGCAGCAGCCUACCCGCCCUCGCUUCACCGCCGACGUCGCACGCGAGAUUCGCCGCAACAACAACAACGCCAACCCGUACGGCCCCAACAUCCGUGGCCCUCGCCCUCUCCGUCGCAACCGCUACACCGCCGCGAAUGGGUCUGCCAUGGACAUCGACACUUCCUUCCGCCGCGAGCCCUCUAUGAUGGAUGUCGACGGUGCUUCUUUCUCUCAGCCGCAGCCUCAGCCUCAGCGCCAGACCUACGCUCCUGCCAGGCCGUGCCCUUCUGUCAUCAUGGAGGACUCCAGCUUCGUCUGCCGCGAGCGCCGCGAGCGCAGGGCUAGGCGCGAGGGUUCGAUCCGCGUCGAGUUUACCGUCCUUGACCCUGCUGCCGUCGAGCAGGCCGCACGCGACAAGGAGGUGUCGGACCGCAUCGCCGCUGGACACGCCCAGCGCAUGACGGAAGAGAUUGAGAAGCGCAUUGCUGCUGACCACGCUGCCGCCGAGGCCGCCCGCGCCGAGGCUGCACGUCGGGCGGAGGCUGCACGUCAGGCGGAGGCUGCCCGUCUCGCGGAGGCUGCCCGUCUCGCGGAGGAGGCACGCAUUGCCGAGGAGGCGCGGAAGGUUGCCGAGGCGGCAGAACUUGCCCGCCAGCAGGCUGAGCGCGAGGCGGCGGAAUUUGCCCGCCAACAGGCUGAGCGCGAGGCGGAGGCUCUUCGCGCUGCAGAGGCCCAGCGUCGUGCUGCAGAAGCCCAGCGUCGCACUGAAGAGGAGCGCGCCCGCAAGGCGAAGGAUAGCUUCCGCGCCCGUCUUGAGCAGGAGAGUAAGGCCAUCAAGGCCGAGCCCGACGAUGUCAUCCGCGCCUUCAAGAUGUACGAGUGGAAGAUGCAGCUCAUUAAGACUCAGACCCAGGAGCUCGUCGACGCUGGCAUCAAGUUCGACCUCUGUCACCUCCCCUGGCCCAUGUUCGAGCCCACCGGUAUCACGGCGACGGAGCUCCUCGACCUCAACGAUGGCAAGCCGGAGAGGGCUAUCCGCGCUUUCCUUCUCCACAAUCAGCGCCCUGAGGGCCAGGGUGUCGCUAGGAAGGUCCUCCACAAGGAGCUCCUUCGCUGGCACUCCGACAAGAUGGACUUGAUGAUGUUGCCUAUCGUCAAGGCUAAGGACCAGAAGAAGUGCAAGCGCUUCAUCCGUCUUAUCACUGGGUACCUCACCACGAUACUCGGCCAACCGUCUGCUUAG